GGCACAACUGUCGUGCGCGCAACAUGUAUGGAAGAUCGUUCUCGAGUCCAGUGUGUUGAAAAUCGAAUUAACGAAAAAUUGUGAAAGAAGCUAGCGCUUAAAGCAUUUCGAAUUACCUUAAUUUUUUUUGCGCAGGUAGAUACGUGAUAGAUCGGUAUAAAUUCGAGAUAUUUAGUAUCAAAAUUAACUCUGCGAUAAAACAAGAUCGAAGAAAUUUUUUCCUAUGAAAAGAAUCAUCUUUUCUUCUGAAACCUGCGAGCGCACGAUGCUCGUGAUAAAUAAUUAAGAGUUUUUCACGGAAAUUAAAGUUGAAUUUGAGUAUAACAGCUGAAAAAUGUUAGUGAUAAAUUGAAUUUCAGUGUUGUAUAUAUAAAUAUAUUUAAUUAGAAACAGAAAGAGAGAGAAAGGGAAAUUGAUAAAUUGAUGGCCCUAAUAUUGACAGUGAAACAAACGGCAGGAUUUGUUUAAAUGAUCGUAUGAAGAAUCAAGAAGCGAAAAAGGAAGCGGAAGAUGUUGCUACUCAGGGUGAUCGUGACGUUGAUCGCGUGCUGGAUCGUUAAGUGCGAUCUACUGGAUCUCUACGUCCAGCACAUGGACGAAACCAUGAGGACAAAGUUAUACAAUAACAAACGGCAUCCCAUAUAUCCCGUUUCCAGAAGGAUAAGGAGGAGCCUCGAACACGAAGACUCGCUGUCGAUCGAUAUUUUGCAGAAGCAAUUACAAUUGGACAUCAAUGAGAAGUGGUUGAAGCAAUGGAAAGCCAAGAAGAAGAUCGUCUCUUAUCAAAACGAUGCUUUAGACUACCCGAAUAAACGAGAGGAAAAUUCUGAUCCUGAUCAACACGAAAUGCUCUCGAAUACGACGCAGGAUUCGAAACAUCCUGAUGAAACGACGAUGAUUUCCGAAGCCGAAAAUUCGCAAGCGCUGAUCGAGACUGCGAAAUCGACAUCUAGUAUCGUUAAAGACGAAACAGAAUCGAAUGCCUCGCAUUAUGUGACGAUCGAAGGACAAAAAGAAGCGUUGAAGGACGAGUUUCCGAUCGUUCUGGAGAAUCAGACCAAUGUCGAAGAAUUCGUCAUUCUCAAAUAUCUAGAAUCAGUAGAAGAGAUUCCAGUGGAAGAAUGGAAGGAUUCCGAAGAGAUGGAGGACGAGGAGAAUUCGCAGUUCGAAAUCAUCAGCGAGAACGAGCGAAUCAAUCCGAAGCCAAGGAUACCAAGGAAGAGAAGGAUGCCGAAAGUAUGGGGAAAAGUACCGAAGAGAUAUGUCCCUCCCGUAAAAAUGGAUCUCAAGAACAAGACGAGAACGUGGAUGAAGACGAGGUCCAGAAGAAGCGCGAAGAAAGGUGGAGUUAACCGAGGAAUAUUUAAUGUCAGGGUGCCAAAGUUCACCAGGUACGAGAAGCUCGACGAGGACGGUGACGUAAUCCUCGAGUGGGAUCCUUCGGACGACGAGGAAGUGACAUUCAGGGUCACCGCCAAGAUCCUGGGCUAUGUCGGCAUCGGCUUCAACGAGAAGAGCCACAUGAUGGGCGCCGAUAUCUUACUCGCUUGGGUGGACGAUCACACUGGUGUUGUCAAUCUACUGGACUCGCACGGUAUCGAGAUGAAGGCUGCACCAGUUGCCGACACGUCUCAGGACGUCCGAGUACUCGGCGGUUCGCAAAACGAGACCCAUACCACGGUGAUGUUUGCUAGGAAGUGGCAGACCUGCGACCCUCAAGAUCAUCAGCUCACAGAGGACACCGUCAAAGUGCUGUGGGCUCUACAUCCGACCGAUCCAGAAUUAAACACGGCGAUAUGGCACGAGAAUAGACGAGGCGGAAAGGCCCUAAGGCUGAAGACAGCUGCGGCACAUUCGCCACCGCGAGAAACUCGGAAUAUACGACACUGGGACGUGAAACUUAACCAGUUUGAGGUGGAUGACACGGACACCGUUUACUGGUGCAAGAUCUUCAAGGCCUCCUCGCUGAGAGAGAAACACCACAUGAUAGGGUAUACACCGCUCGUGGAGAAGGCUAACGAGGAUCUGGUCCAUCACGUGAUCCUAUACGAGUGCGCAUCGACGUCGCCGAUCCUCGGCGAACAUGCCAGGAUCGCGGGUGCCCGUUGCUACAGCCCGACGAUGCCGCGAGCUUGGGAAUCAUGUCUGCAGCCCGUCCUCGCUUGGGCUCGUGGUAGUAAAGGAGAGUGGCUGCCGGAACACGUCGGUAUACCUGUAGCGGAACACGGCGAGAGCUCGUAUUACAUGCUGGAAGUCCACUAUAAUAAUCCGAGUAUGAAGAAAGUGAUCGACAGCAGCGGCGUAAGACUCUACUUGACUCCGAAACUUCGUCCUCAGGAAGCGGGCAUCCUCGUGGCCGGCGUGGCGGUCAGCCCCCUUCAUUUAGUGCCCCCGAAGCAGAAGGAAUACGCCACCGCGGGAUACUGCACUCCACACUGCACAAAUAUGAUGUUCCCCGAAGACGGUAUCAAUAUCGUAUCGGUUGUCCUGCAUUCACAUUUAGCCGGACGUCGUCUCAGCUUGAAGCACAUUCGACGAGGUAAAGAAUUACCGAGGAUAGCCCAGGACAAUCACUUUGAUUUCAACUACCAGCAGUCUCAUACGCUGGAAAAGGAAGUAAAGGUGUUACCUGGGGACGAGCUCGUGGCGGAAUGCGUUUACGGCACUUUGAACAGGACAAAACCGACUCUAGGCGGCUACGCGGCUACCCAGGAGAUGUGCCUGGCGUUCGUCCUGCAUUAUCCUAGGACACCGCUCGCCGGCUGCUACAGCGUGACGCCUGUCAGAGAUCUUUUCAAGACUCUCGGCGUGCAAAGCUUCCGAGGAAUGACGAUGGAAUACUUGGAGAAACUAUUCCUGAUAAAUGGAACUGAUUUGACUCUGCCUUCGACCAAUCAGCAACAGCUUUCCGCUUAUCCGGCAGCAAGACCGACAGACGAGUCCGCAAUGAAAGAUUACAUGGAAGAGAAUGAGGACGAUAAUAUCUUCUCGCGACUCAUUAUCGAGGAGCCCGAAGAAUUCCGAGGUCGCACUAUGGCUGAACAUAUGCUGGCUUUGCCAUGGACGGAAGAAUUGCUCGCAAGAUCAAUAGAAAAUAAUCUUUAUCACGGCAGGCAUAUGACAUUCUGCAGAAAAAGGGACGACCAAUUGGCAUUGCCGGCAGAUAUUCAGAAUUUCCCGAAUUACACGGCGCUACCGGAAAUGAACGACACGACUUGUAGCGAAUUCAAGAACACGUCCGGCUCCUCUGGAAUUUCUCAUAUACCCGUGAUAAACCUGGUCACUAUCAUCGUCGUAUCGAUCGUUAUGUUGUAAGAUAUCAGAGCAAAUAGUCAACUAUAGUCAACGAUAAGCGUUGCAAGACGAAUGCGAGUCUCACAAUCGAUUACGCGAGUAUGAUGCGAAAGGCUCUCUACGUUACGAACGUUUCCUGUACAUUUCUGAAUUUACGAAAUGAGCCCGGUUAAUUUAUUAAUUUAAGCGAUCUUACCUUGCACAACGAGCGAUUUCCUCGAACGAUUUCCGACCACUCGAAACAGAUCGGCAAGUUCCUAAAGUACUAGGUCGCUGGUCAAUUCCUCUUUGUAAGGGGAUGAUAGAAUUUUUCAAAGUUUUUCAAAAGUCGAUCUAGCGCACACUAUAAACAUAAAUAUAUAUAAAUGUAGAAAUAUAUAAUAUAAUAUAAUAUGUAAAUAUGAUUAUAUAUUAAUAAUGCGUAUUUAUAAGACAUACAUAAGCUUCUCUUUUUGUAAUGCAAGUUUUGUAUAAAAAUAAAUGUGUCUUUAAACACAUUGUAUAUAUUCCUGUCUACAUCCGAGUGAGAAAUUUUUUUCCUGUUUUCAAUUUAUCUCUAUUUUUUCCUUUUUUGAGUUCUAGAGGAUUUGGAUAUAUUCCAUUUAUAUAAAAAUUGUAUUGUAUUAAGCUUCUAUU